CAUCCUGGUCGUUUUCCUCUUACACUCUCUUCCCAGUGCAAAGCGCUGAAGCUGACUGGGUGAGUGGGAACCCGUCAGCUGAUGAGUGCAUUAGAUCUCCGCCGAUAUCAGCUGUUCUGCUCACAGACCUAACAUGAGUGCGGCGUUUCUUGCCUCAGUGGUCGUGUUUGUGUUUGCGAGCGACUGUUAUUCCAGCAGCCUCCCCUCAUUCAUCCUGCCGUUCACAGACUGCGCACGGAGCCGGGGGAAGGAUGGUUCAUACCGGGGAGCCAUCGACGUGACCGAGUCCGCCAGCCGGUGCAUGAACUGGACGGAAGUGGCCGGAUUCAAAGAGCGCUAUCCGGGCAAAGGGAUAGGAGAGCACAACCACUGCCGCAACCCGGACGGCAGGAUCCGUCCCUGGUGCUUUUUUAGGAACUACAAAGGCAGAGUUGACUGGGGGUACUGCGACUGUAAACAUGGCUCAGUCCGUCUGCAAGGAGGUCGCUCCAAGCUGGAUGGCAGGGUAGAAGUGUAUCUGGGAGGAGUUUGGGGGUCCGUUUGUGGCAACGACUGGGAGGACGAAGAUGCCGGAGUGGUCUGCAGACAGCUGGACGAGGGGGUGUCUGGUCUUGCUCGUGCAGUUCCUUUGUUUCGCCGCCAACAAGCCAGGCUUCACUGGUUGGCGGUUCAUUGUCAGGGAGAAGAGCCAGACCUGCUCCAGUGUCCCAAAACUACCUGGAAGGGCGAGGAGUGUUCUCUGGCUGCAGCGGUUACCUGCACCCAACAGAGGGUGGUUGGGACCCUUCCUUUACGGUUGGUUGGACGUCAAUCAGAGUCAGAAGGCAGGGUUGAGGUCUUUCACGCAGGACAGUGGGGUUCCAUAUGUGAUGACCAGUGGGACGACAAUGAUGCAGAGGUGGUGUGUCGACAGCUGGGGUUGAGUGGAGUUGCGAGAGCUUGGAGCCAAGCACAUUUUGGCAAAGGUACAGGCCGCGUCUGGUUGGACGAGGUGCGCUGCUCAGGCAAUGAGCUCACUUUGGAGCAGUGUCCAAAAAGUGCCUGGGGAGAGCACAACUGUCUGCACUCUGAGGAUGCUGGAGUGUCCUGCAGUCCUCUUACAGAUGGUACCAUCAGGUUGGCUGGGGGAGCUGGAAGCCACGAGGGACGUUUAGAAAUCUUCUACCAUGGUCAGUGGGGGACGGUGUGUGACGAUGGUUGGACAGAGUCAAACACUCAAGUUGUGUGUAGACAGCUUGGUUACAGGGUGGGCGAGACGCUCCCUUCUGAAGGCCUCGACAUGAACCCAGUUCCACGGUUUGGGGUUGGGUCAGGUCCAAUCCUUUUGGACGAUGUGAGCUGCACAGGAAAAGAACCCAGUCUAUUGUUGUGCAACAGAAGGGAGUGGCUCCGCCAUGACUGCGCACACCACGAAGAUGUUAACAUCGCCUGCAGCUCUGAACAAGGUGCAGACAGUCCGCCAGCUAGUAUCCCUGUGCGGCUUGUGGGAGGGGAAAGCUCCAGGGAAGGUCGGGUUGAGCUCUUUCUGUCUGGACAAUGGGGGACUGUCUGUGAUGAUGGAUGGACUGAUCAAGAUGCUGAGGUGGUGUGUAGGCAGCUGGGCUACAGGGGUGCUGCAAAGGCUCGUGUGAUGGCAUACUUUGGAGAAGGGACAGGUCCCAUUCACGUCGACAACGUGAAGUGUAACGGUGAGGAGCAUUCGUUGGCAGACUGCAUCAAACAGAAGCCCGGCACGCACAACUGCCGCCACAGCGAGGAUGCCGGGGUCAUCUGUGACUAUGGAGAAUCACAGCACAGCAACAGAGAGGUCAAAGAUCCUGUCAGCUCAAUUUGUGGUCUGCGUCUCAUACAUACUCGCCAGCGUCGGAUCAUAGGAGGAGAGAACUCUCUGAGGGGCGGCUGGCCUUGGCAGGCUGCCAUUCGUUUGCGAGGAUCUCGAGGAGAUGGGAGGCUGGUUUGUGGUGGGACUCUCAUUGACACAUGCUGGGUCCUAACCUCCGCACACUGCUUCAAAAGGUAUGGAAACAGCACCAAGCAGUAUAAAGUCAGACUGGGGGACUACCACUCCCUUGUUCCGGAGGAGUAUGAAGAGGAGUAUGGCGUUGAUCAAAUCAUCCUGCACCCGAACUACCACUCCCACAGCAACGAUUAUGACCUGGCCCUGGUUCGCCUGUCACCAGGGGCGGUGGGCCAGGCGCCAGGAGAGUGUGUGUCGUUUAGCCGUCACGUCCUUCCCGCCUGCCUGCCCAUGAGGAAAGAGAAAGUGCUCAAACAGGCCAGCAACUGUCACAUUACAGGCUGGGGGGACACAGGACGUUCAUACUCAAAGACCCUACAGCAAGCCACGCUGUCCCUUCUCCCACGCCGCCACUGCCAGCAGUAUUUCCACAGUGCUUUCACGAGCCGCAUGCUCUGCGCCGGGAGCGUCCAGUCAGAGAGGCGCGUGGACAGUUGCCGGGGUGACAGUGGAGGUCCGUUGGUGUGUGAGCGACCUGGAGGGGGCUGGGUGGUUUAUGGGGUCACUUCCUGGGGUCAUGCUUGCAGGACACAACAGUCCCCUGGUGUUUACACCAAAGUCUCUGCCUUUAGCACAUGGAUACGCAAAAUAACCGGACGUGAUGAGAAAACACGAUGAGGGCUGACAAACUGAAAGAAGUGACCACUCAGGACUCGAUUGGUCAAAUGAAAAACAGGGCAUCAAUACAUUUCACUUAUGACAAUCUGUUGUCAUGGUAAUAUACAUAUUGCCUGACGAAAAGGUGAAAAUAGGAUUUUCAGGUUAAAAAUGUGAAAAAACAAUGCUGAAGUUUCUUCACACUUAUGAGUAUGCCAUAGCUGAAAUAUCUUUUGUUGUAAAAUUAUCCAUUAUUUAAAUUAUGCUUUGUGUGCAAGCUUUUAUUGUGACCUUCUUGUAAUUUUUGAUAUUAUUAUGUAGUUUGUCUUAAAAAAGGGACCAAACAUCUAGUGAUCUGUCUGUCCAUGAAUAUGCAUACUUGCACUAAAAUGACCUAUUUUUUAAAUUUAACUGUGUGAUACUCAGAAAAAUGUGCUUUCAAGCCCCAUUUCAGUCUUGUGUAAUUUCUCAG